CUACCCCAUUAGAGGAGCUUCACUUUGGAGGAGGGCAGUGGAAAGGGUGGACUGGUAGAGCCCGGAAGGAUCCCAUCUGAAGACCUCCCCCUUUUGCGUGGUAUUUACCAACAGACAGGCUUCUGUCCAUCAACUGCGUCAAGCGGAUCCACGCGAGGAAAACAAGCCGCCUGCCGCCAAAAACGCUGAGCCCCUCAAUGAGCACAGGAACCAGCGCACUUCGAUCUUGGAUCAAAGUGGAGAAAAAGACUCACCGACGAGCGCGCAGUGACCAGAAAAAAGCGCACACAGGCCGUGGCCGUUGCCUUCCUCAAUGCAUACCCUUUGUGCCCGGGGAACCAUGAAACCAGAGAUCAACGCCGCCGUGGGAUUUUUGUCGAGAUUUCUGCGGGUAAAAGGACACGUAAACGAUCGGCAGGUCCAAACGUUCAGCCAGAGUCUACAGGACAUUUUGUCGGAACAAUACAAGCACCACUGGUUCCCAGACAGGCCCUGCAAAGGUUCAGGGUACCGCUGCAUCCGCAUCAACCACAAGAUGGACCCUCUGGUGGGGCAGGCGGGCCAGCGUAUCGGCUUGACCAUCCAGCAACUCUACCUGCUGCUGCCCAGCGAGCUCACGCUAUGGGUGGACCCCUUUGAGGUGUCCUACCGUAUCGGCGAGGACGGCUCCAUCUGCGUCCUGUACGAGUCGCAACCCAUGCCGGCGGUCAUGCCGGGAACGGCGGUCGCCGGCUCGCCCUCGGGGAGCGGCGGCUCGGGGAGCCCGAUGGUGGACAGUCACAUCAGUUGCAAGGAGGAACUGAUGGUGCUGGGCAGAGCCAGUCCCUCCAAAGCCUACAACAUGAUGACGGUGUCCAGUUAAAUGGUGCGCACUUUCGGCCUACUGCUCGUUCAGGGUCACACCUUGGCCAGUCGAGAUGAAUUUGACCGGAUCGAGGCGAGCCUUUUUAAAAGCUAAGAAUAUGAAACGAAAUAGUGAAAGAGGAAAAAAAAAAUAAAGGAAAAAAAAAACCAAGAGGACGUGCCCUAUCAUCUAAGUAAUGGAAAUUCUACGUUUGAUACACCCCCCCACCCCCAUCACCACCCCGUCACACCCCUCCCCCCAUGAUCAUCUGUUCUGUUGUGUCAUUGGAUCAGCGGGGUAACUCCAUUUUUAGGAGCGUCCUUGUGGAGAUGGAACUGUUGGGGCAGCUACACCACCCGACCAGGACCCCCCCACCCCCCCCAACCCUCGACUGUAAACAUGGUGACCAGCUUCAUCCCUUAAGGGGCUGUCAGCAUUUGACUUUGCACUUUUCUUACUUGUGGUUACGAUGGGUACAUGCUAAACAUACCACGGCACAAAAAAGAAAAAAAACAAACAAACCAAAACAUCAAAUUAUAUGGAAUGUAUUCCGAGAAUUAUUAUUGAUAUUCAAAAUUUGAAAGUCGUUUUAUUGAGGAGGAAGUUGAGGGUUCGGCCCAUGGAGGUAAAGCAGCUCUCAUGGAAGCCUCGAUUUUCUGUAUAAUCCCCAAUUUGGGGACCCCCACAGGGAAACUUUACCUGCAAGCGACUGAAGCCGCCGUCCUCAACCCCCCCCUCCCCCCUCGGUGACUCAACCUUCUCCUGGCCUGUAUGGAAGUGCAAGUGUUUGCGACACCCGUUACCUAUGGAUACCGGCGUGUCCGCUGCGAUCCCAACUAACCAUGUUAUCUGUAGCUUUUUGGGGGAAGGCCAGAGGACCUGUCAGCCCCUCCCCCGAUACACCCCCCCUUCCCCCCCCCACAUCAAUUUAAAGAAUGUUUGAAUUCACAAUCAAGUUCCUGUGCUUGCCCUCUUUUCCUUCACCAUACGAUCUCCCGUUUCGCCAAAUUUCAAAGUGUAGCAAAGAGGGAGGGGGGGGGGGGCAAUUCUAUCCAAAUCUGUUAGAAUUGACAUUAAAUGCACUUUGACGUUAGAUUGUGUGGGAUGUAUACUUUUUUCCCCCCUUUUUUUAAAUCGCCUGCAUUCCAUCCAUUCGAAUGUCAACUUUUACACCAUUUCCCACCCCCCCUCCUCGCCCUCCAUAACUGUUUUUGUUCAUACAUGCUCUCCGGUUGGGCUAGACGGCUGUCUGUCCGGCGGGGAGUGCGAGACUCUGGAUUUCAUGUUUUGUUUUUUUUUUAACACUGUAUUUGUGAACAUUUCAGAGCUUUUCUUGAAGAUGGAGGUUGUUUGUUGGUGGUAGGCGAGAAGCCGUGGUUUUCUCGUGGCACUGUUCACGAAGCUGAUGGGUUUGAUCGCGAGGGGUCUGGACUAAGUGAUGUGGGGGGGGCACGGAGCACUGACUGUCAGAUGUUCAUUUUUGACUUGAACUUUGAUAAGCGACACCGGGCCUCGUCAGCCUGUGACUUCACUGGUUCUCAGUGAUCUCCAAGGGCCCUUAACUUUUUCAAAGGGAAGUCCCUUUUAUAAGCUUUGGAGGUACCUCCUCUCAUGAUUAUGAGCCAUUAAGUGAUUUCCAAGUGAUCACCGGACAACCUGGUGGUCCAGACUGCCCUCACACACAAACAGCCUGGCAGCUUCGCCCCCCCCCCUCACCCCGUCCGACUUUGAGUGCCUCAACUGCCACAUAUCACCCCCCCCCCUACACACACACACCCACCAGCUUCAGACCUCCCUUUCAGCCAAAAGCAACGCCAGCACUGCUAGCCUGAUAGCACCGCCCGCCCUAACUACGCUAGUGCAGGUCGACUUAAUGUGACACAUAUCACCGUCCAUCACCCGCGUUGGGAUCGGUGGAGGAACGCCGGGACGUGGGGGUUCUGCUUUGUGAUAAAGGAGCAGGGCAGGGCCAGGGCCGGACUCGUGUCCAGGGCAGCUAAAAUCCCUCUGGCCUUCCCCGCUUCAAACGUGUUCAGCAUCCCCCACCCCGAUGCCUUCAGCACUUCCUCAAAGUGACGGAUAAACAAACCAGCACACACACACAUACACGGGCACACACACACACACACAAACGUGGAAGCGGGUGGCGCGGGUUAGCGAGAAAAUCGAAAGAUGAAUCAUUGAGGGUACCACAGCGUCGUUGUCUCGUUUUCAUCUCACUGGAUUGCGCUGCAUUUAAUUACUGAGUAGCAUCAUUGUUUACAUGCAUAUGAAAGGAUGUGAUGGCUCCGCCCACACCCAGUUCUGGGGCUGUAUCUGUCACAGCAGGCUUGGUGUUUUUAAGCCGCACCCUGCCCCCCGCCCUGCCACCCCACCUAAGCCUGAUCAUGGGUAAUGGAGCUCUAGCCUUUGACGCACUGCACCCCCUAUUUGUCCCACUCACUGCCGAUUUGCUCGUCAGCACUGCGUGGCAUAAUUUUUUUUUUUAAAGUCCAGAAGAAGAGCUGGUUUAAGUUUCUUUCCACCCCCCCCCCCACACAUUUUUCCUAUUCAUGUCACACAUUUUAUGGUAGUUGUAUUUUACGGUCACACUGGUAGAUUCCCCCCCCCCCUCCCUGAGAUUUUUGAUUUCAUCCUGUUUGAUCGAUUCGAAGAGCCAAAAUUGGAGAAAAGAACCAAAUCCCCUUUGACGCCUUCUCAACCGACGAAAAAUGGCGGACGUCCUCGGUAGGAGUAACGAUUUCAAUGGCAUCCAUUCAGCUCAUGCGCACAUAGGUCGGAGAAUUGUCAUAAGAGUGCUUUGAGUCGAAGAAAAAGAAGAAAAAAAAAAGUCAGAGGCAAAAGAGCACAUGAAAUGCACUAAACUAAAAAUGUUCAAAUGUUUUUUUGUUUUUUUUCUUCUGGAGACGCGAGGAGUCUCUCCUGGAAUGUAUUGCCAAACUCAGGCCUGGGACAUUCAACAAAAGACUCUUAGGAAAAGCUUGUUAAACGUGUUAAGACGUGACACAGAAAGGGAACAGUCAGUUUGUUUUUUUUUUAAUGUGUCAAAUUGUCAUCAACGAGUUGAAAUUAUUGCCACUUUCACAUUUGACGUGUUUUACAUAUUGUAGAAUGUAUCGUAAUCGUACAAGCAAUGGUAGAGUGCAUAACAUUACACAUGGGAAGUGCCAAUAAUUUGAGGUUGUUGUUGUCCCCCCCCCCGUCCCAUUUCUGGAUGUGUUCCUUUUUCGAAGUCAUCUUUUAACAUGGGUAACGCUUUUUGUAAGUGAAGCCAUUUUUGAAGAAAGUGUUAGCAAGGACCAAAGUUGUUUUGGUUUUUUUCCUCCCCAAAAAAUUAGUUUCCUCAAGCUGUAAUCAUAGACGUACGUAUCCUCGGUUUUGUUCAUUUUCUUUUCCCUUUUUUUCUAUUUACGUAUAAAAGCAGAAAAUAGACACAAAAAAAAAAAUCUGAUCUUACCCAAGAAGGAAAAGCUUGUGAUCUCAUGUCAUCGUUAUCGUGUUCAUUUCUUUUUACUUUCCUUGGGGUAUGUUGCGAUGAACUGCUGUAAAUUUGUACAGUUCAUGUAAAUUGAUUGUGCGGAAGUUGUACAGAUUUCUAUAUUUUGGAAGAAAAAGUUUGUUUUUUUUUUCUCUGUAAUAAAAUAAAAAGAUUUCCUAUCUUGGCAUCAUA